AUGGGCAAGGUCAAACAAGCAAACGGCAAAGCCGCGAAGGCUUCCAAGCCCCUCACUGCUGUCAAGAAUGCCGGCGUUACCAAAGCCACCGACAGCCCCAAGGCUAAGUCCAAGCAGAUUGCCAAGGAUGUCGCCUCAAAGGCUGUGAAGGGCAAGGAUCUUAAGAAGAAGAAGGUCGAGUCCGAGUCCGAGGAUUCUGAGUCUGACUCUGACUCCAACGACUCUGCAUCUGAUGAUGCUUCCGGCUCUUCGGAUGAAGACUCUGACGACUCUGCUUCUGAGUCCGAGGAGGAGAAGCCCGCCGCAAAGGCUAACGGCAAGGCUGCUAAGCCCGUUGCCAAUGGCAAGACCAACGGCAAGGCCAAAGCUAAGGCCGCCAAGUCCGAGUCAGACGACUCAUCCGAUUCCGACGACAGCGACGACAGUGAUGAUGCUGCCGACGCUAAGCCUACUGCAGACAAGGCUAAGGCCAAGAAAGAGUCAUCGGCCAAAGACUCUGACGACUCUGAUUCUUCCGACUCUUCUGAUGCAGAGGAAGCUUCUGAUGACUCCAGCGAAGCUGAUUCCGAGGCUGAAAAGAAGCCUGAGCAGCCGAAGAAGCGCAAGGCCGAAGAUGAGGCUUCUACACCCUUCAAGAAGACCAAGACAGACGAGGAGUCUGAGGAGAAGAGCUCUACUCUCUUCGUCGGUAACCUCGGUUGGGCUGUUGAUGACGAGAAGCUAUACGACGCAUUCAAGGAUUGCGCCGACCUUACAAACGCCCGCGUCGUCACUGACAAGGCCAUGCAACGCUCUCGUGGCUUCGGAUACGUCGACUUUGCAAACCCUGAGGCUGCUCAGGCUGCUUUCGACAAGAUGAACGGCGUUGAACUAGACAACCGUCCCAUGAGACUGGACCCUUCUAAGCCCCGUCCCGCUGAGGAUGCUACCCCCAACGCCCGUGCCGCCGACCGUGCCCGCCAACACGGCGAUGUCGCGAGCCCGGAGAGCGAUACCUUAUUUGUUGGUAACCUCCCAUGGGAUGUUGAUGAGGAGAUGGUUACUGCAUUCUUCGGCGAGGUCAGCGAAGUCAAGAGUGUUCGACUUCCCACCGACCCUGACUCCGGCAACCGUAAGGGUUUCGGUUACGUAUCCUUCCAGUCCGUUGAAGAUGCCAAGACCGUAUUUGAUGCCAAGAAUGGCGCUUACAUCGGUGAGGGCCGAAACUCCCGCGCUGUCCGUCUUGACUUCGCCAGCCAGCGACCCCCCCGUGAUGGUAACUCGGGCGGCCGUGGUGGCGGUGGCUUUGGAGGUCGUGGCGGUGGUGGUCGCGGAGGUGGCCGUGGACGCGGUGGUUUCGGCGGCCGCGGUGGUGGUGGCGGCGGCUUCGGGGGUCGUGGCGGUGGUGGACGAGGUGGUUUUGGUUCUCGAGGUGGCGCGUCGUUCCAAGGCAAGAAGACCACUUUUUAA